GAUAUAGUUUGUGCUGCAACUUUGAUAAUUAUUUUCUCGCCAUCUUGCAUAAUUGCAACAUUCUCAAUCGACAGUUAUUCGUAUAGUCAGUUUGUUACGACUCUCAAAGUGAUAUCUUUUUUUUUAUCACGAAUGAUCCCGGGUCUCGGCAUUAACAUCGUUAAUCGUAAACUUCCAGUCAUAAAGUCGCUCAAAGAGGCAAAGCGCGAGUUUCUCCCAACAUAAAAGGUUCCCCCUCUUGUUUUCUCGAUCAUAACUUCGUAGUUGAACGAUAGCUUCAUAAUUCAUCGCGACUCGCGUCCAAUCCAACGAGUCUCAACGAAUAUACGGAAGCACUCUUCAGUUUCUCUCUCGAACGACGUUCCACCGGUCACACGAGAUGGCGGAAAGAAAAGCGUGUUCCGGGCCGGGUUACAGGAGCCCGAAGGUGGCGAUGCUCGAAGGACCGCGCGAGAAACUUUUAUAUGUCAUUGGCAUACACACGAACCCUGAAAAGGCCGAUGUCCUCUGUACGGUGGAUGUGGAUCCCGAUAGUCCAACAUAUUGUCAGAUAAUACACAAAUUGAGAAUGCUAACGGUCGGCGACGAGUUACAUCACUCCGGCUGGAAUAUUUGUAGCAGCUGUCACGGAUUGUCCGGUCGUAAACGCGAUACGCUGGUGUUGCCAUGUCUUAUGUCGGACCGAGUGUAUCUGGUUGAUACGAGCAAUGAGAAAAUGCCCAGAAUUAAAAAGGUUCUGGAACCGGAAGAGAUGCACAAACACGGGAUAUCCACACCGCAUACUUCCCAUUGUCUGCCAAACGGAGAUAUAAUCAUCUCCACUAUGGGAAAUCUUAAUGGUGACGGAUUGGGUGAAUUUUUCUGCAUCGACGCAGAGACCCUACGAACGAGAGGCACAUGGACCAAGAGCCAGGAAAAAGCAGCUUUCGGAUAUGAUUUUUGGUACCAACCGUAUCACGAUACACUCAUCGCUACAGAAUGGGGUGCACCUAGAGUUUUUAAGAAGGGAUACGUCCCGAAGGAUAUUCAUGACCCCAAGAUCUAUGGCAGAAGCUUGAACGUUUACUCGUGGAACGAACGGAAGCUAAAACAGACCAUUAAUUUGGGAGAUGACGGAAUUGCACCUCUUGAAAUAAGAUUCCUUCAUGAUCCGUUGGCAGCCGAAGGAUUCGUCGGCUGCGCGGUAACGUCGAAUAUUUAUCGAUUUUAUAAAGCGGAGGAUAAUUCGUGGAAGGUCGAAAAGGUGAUCCAGGUACCACCGAAAAAAGUCGAGGGAUGGAUCAUGCCUCUGAUGUCAGGUAUGAUCACCGAUAUUCUGUUGAGUCUGGACGACAAGUAUCUGUAUCUGUCCAAUUGGUUGCAUGGCGACAUUAGACAGUAUGACAUUUCCGAUACGAGAAAUCCAAAAUUAACGGGUCAAGUCUUCUUAGGAGGCUCAAUACUGAGCGAUUCGCAGGUACGUGUGAUACAGGACGAAGAAAUGAGCGGUCAGCCCGACCCCGUCUACGUGAAGGGACGUAGAUUGUAUGGUGCGCCGCAAAUGUUGCAACUAAGUUUGGACGGACGUCGUUUAUACGUAACUACGUCGAUCUUUAAACCAUGGGACAAACAGUUUUAUCCCGAGCUCCUCAAAUAUGGAUCAACGAUGGUAAAACUUGAUAUCGAUGUAGAAAAGGGCGGAAUGAAGCUCGAUCGUCAAUUUCUCGUUGAUUUCGGCGCUGAUAAAAGCGAUAUUUUACUGGCACACGAGAUGAGAUAUCCUGGUGGAGAUUGCACCUCCGAUAUAUGGCUGGCAGAGAAACCUUAACUUUAAUGAUUGGACUGGAUGUAGAGUCGAAGGCAUUCCAACAUCUGUGAAAGUAAUAAUAAUGCAGUAGCUUAUAUUAUAGUGUCAUAGUUCCGCACGAUUUUUCUCCGAAAAUGAAAUCUCGCGGAUCUUUAGCAUGUAGAAAAUUAUUCAGAAAUGUUCUUUCGAUAAGAGGAUAAGAAAUGUAGGUGACAGAGGUAAAUUAAGAGUACUCACAGUAUAUUUUCGUUUGUUUCCAUGGUAUGGUGCUUAUUAAUUCCAGCAUAUUGCAUCAAGUAAUAUAGGAGAGAUUUUACAUUGUAUGAAAUUAAUGGUGUUACAUGGUAGGUAAUGAGUUCUUUUCUUCCGAGUUUACACAAAUAAAAUCCGUCUAUGCCAAAAUUGUAAUUUGUUCGUUGUGUAAAAUUUGUCGAAAUGUUCUACAUUAGAAAUAAUUCAAAAGUGUAUAGCCACGUAUAAAAUUUCAUUGCUCUUCCACAUAAAAAUAUAGGAUCGCGUUGGCCGAUUUUAUUUUUGCUUCCGUAACAAAAUUUCAGUAUCAUCUACAAUACCUAAUGACUAACAUAAAAUUAAAUUUGCACAAUUAUCUUAUAGAAU